AUGUUGGGCUCAGCUCUCGAUGAGAAGGCCACGAGCUCGGAUGGGGAUGAUCAUGCGAAUACUGAUGACUGGGAGUACCCCGAUGGUGGUCUCCGGGCGUGGCUCGUCGUUCUUGGGUGUUUUAUGUUCUCAUGUACUUGCAUGGCAUGGGGCCUGAUCUGGGGAGCCCUGCAAGACUAUUAUAGCACUUAUAUGUUCCCGGAUGUCAGUCUCAGUAUCCUGACUCUAGUGGGAGGUAUCCAGAAUUGUACUAUGGGGGUUACCUCAUAUAUUGCGGGAGGGAUAGGUGAUCGCUAUGGCUACAAGAAAAUGAUCGCUCUAAGUAGCGUCCUUGCCUACGCCUUUCUCCUUUCCUCAGCCUUUUCAACGAAACUCUAUCACGUCUUCCUCUUCCAAGGCGUCCUCCUUGGAUUCGCCCAAGGCCUCGGCAUGCCGCUAUACAUGGCCUUACCUGCACAGUGGUUCUUGCGCAAGAGAGGCUUCGCAACAGGCCUCGCCGUUGCCGGUUCUGGGAUCGGCGGUGGUAUAGGUUCGAUCAUCAUCCGCGUGUUGCUCACCCGUCUUGGGCUGAGAAAGGCGAUGCUCGUCUAUAGCAGCAUGAAUGGCACGGUGUGGAUCAUUGCCUUCAUGCUCAUCAAGGAACGCCGCGCGCCAGGCUUUCGACGGAAGAAACGCUGGUUGCCGGAACGCAUCAAUGGCCAGUUCUACAGCGUGGCUUUGAGCAUCUGCGUUGGGCUCUUUGGAUACCUCGCCCCGUUCUAUUUUAUCACGACGUACACCAAACGGUUCGUGCCCUCUAUUAAUCCAGAUUCACUUCUGGUUGUAGGUCCUUUGGUGGUUAUGAAUCUUUGUGGUAUGUGCCUCAUCUUCGUGCGUAUCCUUGCUGACUAUCUUGGACCAAUCAACGUGUUCUUCCUCUCGUUCUUCCUCGGAGGCCUCUUCCAGAUUCUCGUUUGGACGUUCUCAACGACGUACGCAUCGAUCAUGGUGUUCGCUGCUCUCUAUGGGCUCGUCGGUUGCUGGUUCAUCAGUCUCCUCCCCGUUGUGUGUGCGGAAUUGUUUGGUGUGGAAGGGCUGUCGACCAUUACUGGCUUCAUGAUUUUGAUGAACGCUCCGGGCCAGCUUGCUGGAUCGUCUAUAUCCGGGGCUAUCCUGAGCCGAUCUGGAGAGCGGUGGUGGGCUGUGACGUUGUAUUCUGGGGGCAUCAUGAUUUUAGGAGCGUGCUGUCUACUCUAUGCACGCUUUUCGAAGGAAAGACGACUUUUCGCUGCUGUAUGA